GCCGUUCUUACUCGCUCACAAUGGGCUCACAGACCGCCAACUUCACUCCCUCCUCUUCAUCCCGACUCUCCUGCGAUAUCCGCUGCAUUGAACGAGAUACUCAUCUUGAUUGUCCGCGACUUCGUGUUAUCAUGGUACCGCGGGAUCUCGAGUUCUCCGUCCUUUCCGACUGCUGUGUCGGCGACGAUGCAUAGCUCAGUUCAGCGGUUGCUCACCCGUGCUGCGAACCUCGAUUUACCUGCAUUGGUCGUUAGACGCAUAAUGCCAGAGGUCACUGCGCACAUUGAGCAGUUCCGUCAGUCUGAGAUUGCGCUUCGAGGCGCAGGCUUGGAACGGCGUUUAACCCAGUCGGAAGAACUCGACAUCCUACUCGCGAGCCGAUAUGCCAGUCGAGGUGGAGGAAAGCUCCAUUCUGCUGUGGACAACCUUUCGUCUACGUUCACAAAGCAGACUGAAGAGAACCACCUACGAAGUCUCGUGGAUAGGGCGUUGCCAUACAUUCUUCCCGAGAAAGAGGCAGGGAGCGAAUGUGUCAAGAUUGUUGUGCGGGAGAUUGUUGCAUGUUCGGUCCUAUAUCCGGUCGUGGAUAUGCUAGCGGACCCCGACUUCUGGAAUCGUAUGAUCAAUCAAGUGGCGGGAGAGGCCAUUCGUCAACAGAAGCUCAUCUCUAAAGUCCGUAACGUUCUCGAGACUCAGCUGCCUCGUUCCCCGAGACAGACGAUGGAACCUCUAUUGCCCACGGCCGAUAGAAUCACCAUUCGGACAGACGCAAGACACUUCGAGUCUUUCCUACGGAGCAUCAGUCGCUGCUCGUCUCUCUUGGACGCUCGUCGCUUGAAGAACGAUAUUAUGGGAGAGAUCAGACGCACCAGGACUGUGCUAGCCAGCCACGAAAACGAAGAUUGGAUCAACGGCGAAAAGACAGAAGACAUUGUGGCCUUCCUUGAUCGUCUAUACACUGCUAAGCGCAAGGUCGAGAAGCGUAUAGCUGCCCUGGGCGGAGAACCCGACACAGAACCACUUUCAACGUCCCCAAAGCCCUUCGCCGAAUCACGAAUAUCUUUGCGCGACGUCCUCACCAAUCCGACAUCUCUUUCAUACUUCAUGGAGUUCAUGGAUCGGCGAAAACGUUCUCUACUCGUUCAGUUUUGGCUCACAGUCGAAAGCUUCAAGAACCCACUUGAGUCCGUGGACUCGGGGAGCGAAAGCGAUGACGACGAGCCCAUACGCGAUCCUACAAUGUCAACGACACUGAAAGAAGACAUUGUGAUGAUGAAUGAGCUCUACUUUUCUGGAGCUGUUACGGACCCGGCACUCUCGGUUAUCUCUCAGAAGCAUGUCAGUACCAUCCGUUCAUUUGGUGUAGAAGACGAUAUCCCAACCACAGCCGCUGAGAGGCGAGUGCGAAGAAGCGUCAUGCUUGCGCAGAGACAGAUCGAGCGUGCAAUGGAAGAGCAGGAUUUUGAUGAUUUCCAGCGGUCAGAGCUCUGGUUUCGAGUCAUUGGAGACAGCGACCUCUCUGCCAGCAUGGGUUCUGUCAACCAGUCACGAGCUCGCGUUCCCGUAGCCCAGGAGGACGAUAACCAACGCCUUCGCGCGAAAGGUCGUUCUGAGACCGCCCCAGUGAUAUUCCCCUCUCCACUGGGGUUUUUCCACGUGCAGGAACCGUCCAGCCCAACUGCUGCGGCCUCUCCAGCUACAAUAACACAUCCCCAGGGUCUCAUACGCUCCUCCCCGUCCGAUCUCGAGCUUUUAAUGUCGCCUGCUGCCGAAGGAGGCUUUUCGUCAUCUCGCGCACCUCUCUUCGAUGAUCCAGACGACGUCAAAUUCGACGCUGCAUUGGAAGCGCACUCGCAGCGCAUAGAAGCUAUUCAGGCGGCCCUUACAGACAUCAUCGCUCUGGACCAGCACGAGAGCUCGCUAGAUGGCCCCGGCGCGGGUGGCAGCAUGUCUGACAGCAUUACUCUCUCUGCUCUCAGCACCAGCUCGCGUCCCGCCUUGGAGAACGCGCGGCCAGAUAACGGUUCGGACGACGAGGGCGAUAUAGAAGACAGGCCCGAAGACCAGGACCAACAGCACAGCUCAUUCCAGUUGGCUGGCCCCGGAGACCUUCACCUCUCUCACGAGAUUGUGCGACUCGGCGACAAAAUUUCCAGUCUGCAGACGCAAGAGGGCAUGCUUGACACGCUGAUCAAGAAAGCCGAGCUGACGGGCGAUGAGCAGGAGCUUAAGCUCUUGCAAAAGUCAAAGUCUUCGCUUGCACGUGAAAUCCGCGAACUCAACUUCCAGAAGAGUCAGUACGAGCAGCAGGAGUCAGCCAACCGUCUUGUAUCGAACCGCACGAAGAUCGCGAUUGUCAAUAGUACCGUUGGCGAGGAGAGUGGCAAGUCGGUAGUCAGAUAUCUCAUCGAGGUGCAGCAACUUGCGACGGACGGGACAUUCGCUUCUGGGUGGGUCGUGGCAAGGAGGUAUAACGAGUUCUUCAACAUGCAUAAUAAGCUUCGGGAGAAGUAUGCCGCCGUCCGUGCGUUAGACUUCCCAGGGAAGCGGCUUGUCACAUCGCUCUCGAAUAGCUUUGUUGAUUCCAGGCGCAUAGCGCUGGAGAAGUACAUGCAGAGCUUGAUUGCGUUACCAGCGGUCUGCGAGAGCUCUGAACUCUGCGUAUUCCUCUCUCGUGACUCGCCUUUCAUGGCUGCUCCAUCUCCCCUGUCGGGCGGUGACAAAGCUAUGCAGGGUGCGAAUUUCCCCGGCAAGCGUUUCGUACGCACGAUGUACAAGUCCGUCGCAGACAGCAUCGACGACAUGUUCUUUGGGCCAUCUAUGCUCGACGUCAUAAUUCAGCGACUGACGUCUCAGGCUGCGGAAGUCGUCGGGAUUGUCGGCAGUGGCGUGCAUGACGAGGAUCUCGUCGCUCAGGCGUUGCGCGCCUCGAGCAGGGCAGCGUCUGAGGAUAAUUUGCUGCAGCUUCCCGGCGACUUGAAGCCCUUGGAGGGCGAGACGAGCACAUCAUCGUUUUCAUCUCCGAUCUGCGACCUUGUACUGGCCGUGUUUGAGCUGAACAAGAAGAACAAUUGGUUGAGGAGGCAGGCAAUCGUCAUCAUCUUGCAGCAGGUCUUUGGUGGUACUAUCGAGCGUAAAUUGCGUGAAACCGCGAAGGCGUUCCUAGACGAGCCCCACCUACUGUCUUACAUCAGCAUAUUCCGGAAUUCGCUCUGGGAAGGUGGACGGCUGAGAGCGGGAGGGCCACCUCGUACUGCAGAGGAGAAGCUGCGUACUCGCGAUGAGGCGAACCGUAAAUUGUCCGCGCUGAUACCAGAUUUGGGAGCCAACAUGAUCGGGCGUUCUAACGCUCGACGCGGUGCUCGACGCCUCUUCGCCGUCCUGCAGAACCGUCGACUAAAUCAGCACUUGAUAUAUACCAUAGUAGAUGAGGUAUUUUCCGCUUUGUUCCCUGAGCAAUGACCCUCAUGAUCCUAGCUUACACUUCUCGAUACCCCGUGUUUCUCUGGUGUAUUUUAUAUCUAUAUGAUGUACGGCCCGAGGCAACGUGAGCUUGUCUAGAUUACACGUUUUCUGGAGAUAUUCG